AUUCACACACGACCAUGAUAAAGAUCAUAAAUUGCUUAGAGUCUCGACACAGCACAUCGUAAGCAGUAGAGGUGUGUUCUAUCCGGGUUAUUUCGUUUCAUUCCGACCUGUUGCUUCGCACAGCGGACUGAUCUAAGUGUGUGCUUGUUUUUACUUUAAAGUCCGCGUUGUGCUCGGUCAGGUAUGUUUUUCCCAAAGUGUGUGUAAUGCAUUGGACCUUCAACGAUAGCUGUUCAAUUUUAAAUAGCUUAGGUCACACUUAAAUUAUUUAAUAUUGGUUUGAAAGGGUUUGUUUCACCACCAACUCUGAGACUGGACUGGCACUCACUAGGACUAGAUUACUGAGCUGGAUAUGAUUAUGAAUAUGAAUGAACUGACAUAGUAAUAGUAUCGGCAUUGGCCUAAGCUAGGACUAGGACUAUAUGCGCUAGCAACACUCAGGUUUAUUUAUUUAUUUUAAAAAAAAUUACGUUGGUUAAAGUGUAUUAAGAGUAAGAAAGUGUUGGUCAGAAAACUGCAGCUGGACUAGCACCUUGCCUCAUUGCCUUAUAAAUAUUAUAUUAUAUAAAUCAGGUAGGCCUUGUACUUGUGAAUAUUAUUAUUAUUAUUAAAUUAUUAAAAUUAUUGUUCAUAUUAAUAUUAAUCGCCUAUUAUUAUUUUUAAAAGUAUAAUUAAUAAAUUAAUUAUUAUUAAUUUUUUUUUUUAUUUGUGGGGUGGCUAUGAGUACUAUGACUACGAGUACUAGUACUAUGACUAUACUAUGACUGAUUAACCGUCACUAUAAUAUAUUAUACAUGAAUAUGUCAUGAGUAGCCUAUAAUAAUAGUAUACUUAGUAUACUUAGUAUACUAUGUUACACUUACACUAUGAUGAAUAUGAAUGUAACAUUUCUAUGCCUAUGUUUGAGUUUGUAGUAACUGUCAAUCUCAAUUGUUAUGUCAAUAUUACUAACCAUAGUUAUACUGUUAUAGUCUAUAUUAUUAUAGUAUAUCUCUCAUAUUCAUUUGUCAUUGGUUAAAAAUACAAAUAAAAAUAAUCAGGCCUAAUUCAAAUUCUAAUGCCAAGUUGCCUAAGCUAAGAAACUAAGUCAAAUAAUUAAUUGAAUCAUUCUUAUUCUAGUAAUUUUAUUUUAGAAAAAAAAAAAUCUAAUCUAUGACCAUGGCUAUGGCCUUAGGCAGUGGCUCUCAUCCUUUCUAGUGCCGCGACCCCUUAAUUAAUACAGUUUCUCGUGUCAUUGGCGACCCCCCAGCCACACAGUUAUUUUCGUUGCUACUUCAUAGCUGUAAGGAUAUAUAAAAGGGUCCCAAAGGGGUCGCGACCCACAGGUUGAGAACCGCUGGCCUUAGGGCUUUUUACUUUUAUGUUAUAUUUAAGUUAAAUAGAAAUAUAUAGAGUCUAAUUUUUGAAUUUUCAUAACAGUCAUUCACAAAUAGAGUAUCAGUAAUAGUAUCACAUGAUUAGAUAGUUCAAUAUUAAUAUGUGACUCUUAAAAGUUUAGGCUAUCAUUAGGCAGUAGGUUUAGGGCUUUAAGUAUAUUUACUAUAUAAUAGUAUGUCAAUACUAUUUAAUACUAUAGCUACCAUGCAGACCUUUUAAUAUAUGAAGACCUAUGCAGCGCCUAUAUAUACAGCACUAGGAUUGUACCGGUAUUUAUGAAGACGAUGUGUAGUACAUGUCUUAAUUAAGCCUCGUCAAAUAUACAUAGGCCUACUUUAGGCUAUAGAUAAUGCAUUUAGUUAUAAUGUAGAGUAGUACCUAUUGAAUACAUGUAGGACCUAUCAAACCACAUGUAAGACCUAUCAAACACAUUUCGGACCAAUCAAAUUCAUUUAGGACCUAUGAAACACAUAAUAGGUAAUGAGAAAAACAAAUUCAGGUUAAACCUGAAAAAAGGAGCGCAUCAAAACAACGAACGUGUCGGCAGGAAGCCUUCGUCAGUGAACAAACAACAGAAAAAAACAGAAUAAAAUUUUUAAAAAUAGCACUUAGCUGAGAAGUAGUAUCUGAGAGGGCAACAAUUCUUGACGAAGGCUUCCUGCCGACAUGUUGGUCGUUUUUUUGCGUUCCCGUUUUCAUGUUUAACCUGACUUUGUUUUACUCAUUUCCUAUUUUGCUAACCUGAUUGCAGUCUCUCCCCUUACUACCCAAAUACAUAAUAGUUUUUUUUACAGUCAACUGACUAGAAUCAAUUAACUAGGUGCAAUAAAAUUAUAACCCAUGAAUAUCUCUCCCAUGUUUACCUUUUCUGUUUGUACCUGAUAACUUCUGUCAAAGACAUACUGAUAUAUCUAUAUUUGUACCUGAUAAAGUCUGUCAAAGACAUACUGGUAUAUCUAUAUUUGUACCUGAUAAAGUCUGUCAAAGACAUACUGGUAUAUCUGAUUCAAUCACAAGUUGUGUGGAAUAAUUGACCAUUUUACCAGUAAGUAAGGUUGCAUUGUGUUAAGCGUAAGCCAGGUGUGGAAGAAUGAAUUUUGAUCUGUUCCAGAUGUGAUAACAAGGCCUAGGGUGCAGCUCUAAUAUAUAGCCCAAGGUUGCACAUCUAAAAUCAAAGAUUAGGUUGCAGCUCUAAUAUUCUAGGCCUAAGUCAUGUCUCUGAUAUUUAGGCUAGGUUGCAAAUCUGAUAUUUAUAUAGGGUUAGGUUGCAAAUCUGAUAUUUAUAUAGGGUUAGGUUGCAAAUCUGAUAUUUAUAUAGGGUUAGGUUGCAAAUCUGAUAUUUAUAUAGGGUUAGGUUGCAAAUCUGAUAUUUAUAUAGGGUUUGGUUGCAAAUCUGAUAUUUAUAUAAGGUUUGGUUGCAAAUCUGAUAUUUAUAUAGGGUUAGGUUGCAAAUCUGAUAUUUAUAUAGGGUUAGGUUGCAAAUCUGAUAUUUAUAUAGGGUUUGGUUGCAAAUCUGAUAUUUAUAUAGGGUUAGGUUGCAAAUCUGAUAUUUAUAUAAGGUUUGGUUGCAAAUCUGAUAUUUAUAUAGGGUUAGGUUGCAAAUCUGAUAUGUAUAUAUGGUUAGGUUGCAAGUCUAUAGGCCUAGAUUGGAACUCUAACAUCUAGGCCUAGUUCUUAUCUGUAAUAUUUAGACCUAGAUUGCAGCUCUAACAUCUAGGCCUAGGUCACGUCUCUAACAUGCAUGUUCCCUUUAAGCUGCGCACCCAGCAGCUCACUCACAGACCCGCGCAGCAGUUUUGAGUAUCCGCGCAGCAAAUUUCCAUGUAAGUGUGUGUUUGUGGGCUGUAAAAUUUUGCACACUAAAAAUCUGAUGCUAUAAAACUUUGCACACAAUUGUAUGAUUUUGCACACGAACCGGCAAACCUUAGAGGGAACAUUGCUAACAUGUAGGCCUAGAUUGCAGCUCUAAUAUAUAGUAUAGGCAGGGAUUGCAGCUCUAACAUGUAGGCCUAGAUUGCAGCUCUAAUAUAUAGAAUAGGCAGGGAUUGCAGCUCUAACACCUAGGCCUAGAUUGCAGCUCUAACACGUAGGCCUAGAUUGCAGCUCUAAUAUAUAGUAUAGGCAGGGAUUGCAGCUCUAACAUGUAGGCCUAGAUUGCAGCUCUAAUAUAUAGUAUAGGCAGAGAUUGCAGCUCUAACAUGUAGGCCUAGAUUGCAGCUCUAAUAUAUAGAAUAGGCAAGGAUUGCAGCUCUAAUACCUAGGCCUAGAUUGCAGCUCUAACACGUAGGCCUAGAUUGCAGCUCUAAUAUAUAGUAUAGGCAGGGAUUGCAGCUCUAACAUGUAGGCCUAGAUUGCAGCUCUAAUAUAUAGUAUAGGCAGGGAUUGCAGCUCUAACACCUAGGCCUAGAUUGCAGCUCUAAAAUAUAUAGUAUAGGCUGGGAUUGCAGCUCGAACACCUAGGCCUAGAUUGCAGCUCUAAAAUAUUUAGUAUAGGCAGGGAUUGCAGCUCUAACACCUAGGCCUUGGCUUCUUUCAAAGAAACCAUGGCAGAGACUCAUUAAAAGUAAUAGAUUUCCAGUAGUGAUGUCAUUUUAUUACAGUAGAGUGGGCCAUCAAAUCUAUGGAUUACAGAUGUUAUUUGGUAGUUUGUUGAACACCAUUGGUGUCAUGGUGGAUCAACGUUUGAUCAAACGAUCUAAUCUAUGGAUUACAGAUGUUAUUUGGUAGUUUGUUCAACACCAUUAGUGUCAUGGUGGAUCAAUGUUUGAUCAAACGAUCUAAUCUAUGGAUUACAGAUGUUAUUUAGUAGUUUGUUGAACACCAUUUGUGUCAUGGUGGAUCAACGUUUGAUCAAACGAUCUAAUCUAUGGAUUACAGAUGUUAUUUGGUAGUUUGUUCAACACCAUUGGUGUCAUGGUGGAUCAACGUUUGAUCAAACGUCUUUCCAACAAAUUUCCUGAUACGGGAUAAAACAUUCCAUUAUAGCAAUCAACGCUAAUCAUCUUUGUGUAUUGAUCUCUGUUGCUCUAAUUUGUUUUCAAUAUUAUUAUUAUUAUAAAAUCUAAAGUAAAUAGACUUAGGAUGGCAACAUCUCCUUGUAAGCAAGGGGCGGGUUUUAUGUCAUUCAUCUGUGUAUAAUGUAUUUCCAUUGUGUUUACGUCAGUUGAUUCUGAAGAAACUUAAGUAUAAGCAAAGGGAGGUAUAUUGUUUCGUGCUGAUAAGGACAAUAAGACGCUAAUUAUUACCGUGUGUCUCUGUUCAACUGAUGUUGACCCUUCUAAUAACCCUUCUAAAGAAGGGAUUGUCCCGCUUGCCUCUAGUGGGAAGGGAAGAGGUCAAAGCACUUGUCAAAGACUCAUACAUGUAUCUUUAAAAAUUUGUUUGUCACUCUUACAGCACUUGUACAAAUACAAUCCUGACUUAUGUGGCGCGUACAGAGUAACUCGUUUUAUUGAGGGUUACCAGACAGUGGCGACGCCAUCAAAUUUAACAUGGCGGGUCCCUUGCAGGUCUUAAAAAAAUGUGGCGGGUCCCAAAUAAAUGUAUUAAAAAUUACAAUUAAAACAUAUAAAGGCAUUUCAAAUGGAAGGUCUCUUACAUGUAAUGUAGUUUACGCUUAAUGAGCAUAUAUACAAUAUUAGUGACUAAUAAAAAUUUACCAGGUCAUUUGCCAGGUCCCAAGUUUUUUUUUACCAGGUCCUAGGACCCGGCGGGACCUGGUGUAGCGUCGCCACUGACACUGUUACCAGACGUCCGUUUUUAGUACGGACUGUUGGUGUGUUCGACCCACUUGUCCGUACUUUCCAUUUGAACAGUUUGUCCGUACGAUUUCCAGCGACGACUUGCUUGCCUUAUUUUCAUUUGUCUUAACUUAUUUCUCCACAAAGGCCAGUGCAGUGAAUAGUUUCAACGCCAUCGUGCGGUGCAUUUCUGGUUAACCUAAGCAUCACUGCUGCACAUGUGUGAAACCGCUUGAGACUUAUGUGUGCAGUCUGUGCCGUGGCCUUCACGGGAAGUGUGGCUCCUGGCUUUCCAAUUUGAAACUUUGACAGGAUUUUGGGUCCCUAGUGUGAACUACUCAAACAGUUGUUUUUUGAAAACCCAACUGCAGAUAUCGUUUUGUAUUUCCUACACAACCAAUCUUGCUAUGUUUCAGUUAACCUUAAAAAAAAAAAAAAAAAAAAAGACACUUUAGACAAAGACUCUUCAAUUCCUUUCAUCAGGAAUUAAAGAGUCGUCUGCUAAAAUGUCAGCAAAUCAGUGGCGUAAUGAGGGGGGUGCGGACCGCACCGGGUGACACCAUCUCAGAGGUGACACUAAAUUUAAAAAGUGCAUAUUUACAGAGCACACACAGCUCGAUCUAACAGAGCACACACUGCUCGAUCUAACCGAAUUUCAUAAAAGAAUAACCGACCAUACGUAAAUUUUCCCCUCAUGCAACCAAUUCAAAUGCGUCCUUCAUUAAAAGUUCAAAAUUAAUGCGUCAGAAAUGACCCGUUCCUAUAAUUAGGUCAGCAACACACCGUUAUGACCAAGAUUCCACUCCGAUUGAAGUGUUCGGUAACUUUCGUAACUAACCGGAAGCUAUACGUAUCUAACUUCUAAGAAAUGAAGCAUUCCAUUGAUACCAAAUACGAUGAGGUCGGGCGAUUCUAGGUACAUGAAUCAAAUCGGUAAAAAUUAAAACAUUUUAAAAAAUUGACUUUUUACCCAUUUAUAUGGUUAACAAAAUAAUAUUUUACAAAAUGUUCCAAUAUCUUUUAAUAAUUAAUUUAAAUUUAUUUAAAUUUAAAAAAAAUAAGUUUGAAACCAAAUCUAUCGAAACUUAGAAAUAUUUUAAAAACAAAUAUUUGCGUCGAUUCGUCACUAGCACCCUCCCUUAACACUUGAGCACGAUUGUCAUACAGCGCAAGGUCUUUUACAGGAUGUCUGUGAUUUUACGUUUGUCUGUAACCUUUACCUUUGGCAUGAUCUACUUGAGGAAGUUAAUCUUACACAGCAGUAUCUGCAGACCAAAGGCUUUACUCUUGACAAAGUAGUGAGCAACCCAGAGGCUUUAAUAUUGUUUCUGCACGAGAAGCGCUGUCACUUGGUGGAACAUGCUAAUUGACAAGACACUUUUAAAAUCAGAUAUUAUAUGGAAAUUCGGUAGAGAGAAGAUGAAGGUUUAAGAGGAGAAUGGCAGGAGAAGAAUUAAUACAUGCUGGACUAUUUCUACUACAAGGAAACAGUAAGGAUAUUCUGGAGUAUAUUAAUUGCUUUAAUUCUAAACCCCAGAUCAGAUCAUCAGCGAUCAAGAAAGCAGCAGAUGUGUUUGGGGUUGUUCAACCCAAAAGUCUACUGACAGCAAGUGAAGAAGAUUUAUUGGUGUCCGUUACAAAAUGAACCCCUUUCUGUGAUGAGUUAUGAUGAACUUUUUUUUUUUUUAAAGAACUACACAUGCUUAGAAGACACCUACGGGCAGCUGAUGAUGAUAUUGAAGUGCACAAAGUCAGGGACUAGUCAGUAUUUGAUGUUUUGAAAUUCAUAUCUGCAUGGAACUUCUAGAAUCUCUUCCAAUACUCUCGUUAAGCCUUCAAUGGUUUCUUACGAUUUCUGUGUCUGUGGCUACAUGUGAGCGAAGUUUUUCUAAACUAAGUUUUAUCAAGAACUAUUUACGAUCCACCAUGGGGCAGUCAAGGCUUUCUGAUCUAGCUGUACUAUCAAUUGAAAGUGAUACGGUACUGUGUCUGUGGCUACAUGUGAGCGAAGUUUUUCUAAACUAAGUUUUAUCAAGAACUAUUUACGAUCCACCAUGGGGCAGUCAAGGCUUUCUGAUCUAGCUGUACUAUCAAUUGAAAGUGAUACGGUGAGGGAUAUUGAUUGUCAUCAAGUGAUUGACAGGUUUUGCAGCUUUGAAGACUAAGAAAGGAAAAAUGUUAAAUAAAUUAAAUUGACUGUAAAACUAACUCAAACUUAACGUUGUAACAGUUCUUAAAUAGAUUUGACCUCCUGACCUUUAAUUACUUUGGUUUUGUAUGUGUCAUUGUUAUGUUGUGGACUUAAUUUAACAAGAAGAAAUCCACCGUGGAAAUCGCGGGGUGGGGGGGGGGGUGUGACACCAUGAGUUUACCGCACCGGUUGACACGAGACCUAGCUACGCCACUGCAGGGAAGGUUAGAACAGACAGCAGGCAACGCCGGUGUUUAGGGUGUGCGACCUGAGCGCUCCCAAAGGGUACCGUGACCAUAGGGGCGCCUGGCGCCCCCAAGUAAAUCUUUAAAUUCCCUUAGGUUAUUAUAGUGAAUGUGAACCUCGGGUCCGGGGGUCGAGAAACGGUAUUCUAACUUUUCGUACAAUUGCUUUUCAUACAGUGAGUUUUCAUACAAUGAAAGAUUAAUUCUUAAUUUGGAUACUAACACUGGGGUUGGGACCAACCGAAAGGGCGUGGAAGGGUCGAGAAACGGUAUUCUAACUUUUCGUACAAUUGCUUUUCAUACAGUGAGUUUUCAUACAAUGAAAGAUUAAUUCUUAAUUUGGAUACUAACACUGGGGUUGGGACCAACCGAAAGGGCGUGGAAAUUAAUUUAUUAAUAACGUAUUUCCUUAUCCCUCUUUCAGUUAUUUCAGCAGAAAGAAGACUAUGGGGAACAUAAUGCUUUCCGGGGCGCUAAAUGGCAAGCUUAAAGCAGAAUCCAGUACUCAAUGAAAAACUAAACAGUUUCAAUUAAUGGACAUGUUAAAAUGCGUAUGGCAGCUACAUGUCAUGAUGUAAAGCAUCAUAACACGUGCUCCACAGCCUACCUCGUAAUCGGAAAAAGAGCGGAGCCAUGCAGGGCCAAGAAAGGGGGCGCCGAACGGGUGCUUCGCCCAGGGCGAAAGUUUACACAAGGCCGGCGUUGAAGCAGGUGAAAUAAAUGCAAGAGAGAUAGAAAUUUAGCAAGUUUUGCAUUCUAUGGAACAUGUGUAGCGAGAGUCGUAGCGAAGGGGGGCAGGGGUGACAGAUGUCCCCGGGCGCAAGCUAGUUAGGGGCGCCAAAAUGUGCUUUGAUAUUAUAUUAUUGGUAAAAAUAAUGGGUUUGAGAGUUGAAAAAAAGAAAAGGGGGCGCUUUAAAAUGGAUCUUGUCCCCGGGUGUGAAUCUUGUCCCCGGGCGCCAAACACCCACGCUACGCCUCUGUGUGUAGCAUAUCUACAGCGUUGGUCUUUUCGCUUUGAAGAGUUUGGCAUUUUGUCUUGGGUGACUUUGAAAGUAUUCCCUUCCUGGGACAACGUAGCCAGAAAUGUCACUAAUGUCAAUGAAAUCUUACCAGGGAAAAUAGUUGAUAGCGAUCUAUUUGAUGAGCAAACUUAAUGUGGAACAAUUUUUGUAGGCUCCCUUGGGUUUACAUAUUAUUAUUUUAUAUAUUUGUGGGGGUGAGCACGAAAACGUUUAAAUGAAAAAAAAACAAAAAAAAACUAAAAAAACAACACAUUAUGUUCAUAAAAAAGGAGUAUUAAAAAUAUCAAUAAAGUAAAUAAAAUGUUAAAGUUGGUCUGGAUAAUGAAUGUUGAUCAACGCUGGACUCAGUCAGAAAAUACAAUGAGGAAACCAGUCCUGUAGUCUCGUACUUGAUUGAGUCAAAUGACCAGAGACAAAGAAGUCAACCAGAAUGCAAAGUAACAGCCUUGAAGCAGUUUAUUACAAAACGUUUACUUUACUUAAAAUCUUUGAGGAAGAUUUAACACAAAAAAGUGGUGCGAAAUCAGACUGACAAAGAAAUCGACUUUAAAAGAUCAGUGAGAGAAAAGAUGACAUGGCGUCACAUUUGUUUUAUUCCGUCAUGUUCGUUUGCAUUUCAUUGUGUGCAUGAAGAGUAGAUCAACAUUUCUGUUCUAUAUUUAGCAUUAAAUGAGUGUUUAGUUUUAUAUUAGGUCUAACUAUUACCCAUGUCAUGUGACCAUUAUACGCGAUACAUUUUUUCAAAGUUGCAUGUGUCAAGGGGCAGUAACUUUAGUCGUCCGGCUGUUGAAAACUCCCACAUCAUAGACAGCCAGGGUCAUGAGUACAUCUUGUGUACGUUUCGAUUCUUUGUGUACUUGCAGAACGAGUUACCGUAGAUGUGUCCCACCCAGACAUCAGCGCAUGUUGCCAUGUUAUUGGGUUUACCCGUAAAGUCGACGUUUACCCGUAACUUUGCGUGGUCUGGGAUUUUCCGAACUUCAGUGGUUGUCACCUUUGUUUAUUUCAUCUGAUGUUGUCGCGACCUUUGUUGACGACACCUGAUGUUGUCGCGACCUUUGUUGACGACACCUGAUGUUGUCGCGACCUUUGUUGACGACAUCUAAUGUUGUUGCUACCUUUGUUGAGGACAUCUGAGGUUGUUGCUACCAUUGUUAACGAGAUCUGAGGUUGUUGCUACCUUUGUUGAAUACAUCUGAAGUUGUUGCAACCUUUGUUGACGACAUCUGAGGUUGUUGCUACCUUUGUUGAAUACAUCUGAGGUUGUUGCUACCUUUGUUGAAUACAUCUGAAGUUGUCGCAACCUUUGUUGACGACAUCUGAGGUUGUUGCUACCUUUGUUGAAUACAUCUGAGGUUGUCGCAACCUUUGUUGACGACAUCUGAGGUGAUCGCAACCUUUGUUGACGACAUCUGAGGUUGUUGUUACCUUUGUUGAAUACAUCUGAGGUUGUUGUUACCUUUGUUGACAACAUCUGAGGGGAACGCAACCUUUGUUGACGACAUCUGAGGUUGUUGCUACCUUUGUUGACGACAUCUGAGGUUGUUGCUACCUUUGUUGACAACAUCUGAGGUGAUCGCAACCUUUGUUGAAUACAUCUGAGGUUGUUGAUACCUUUGUUAACAACAUCUGAGGUGAUCGCAACCUUUGUUGACGACAUCUGAGGUGAUCGCAAGCUUUGUUGACGACAUCUGAGGUUGUUGCUACCUUUGCUGACGACAUCUGAGGUUGUCGCAACCUUUGUUGACGACAUCUGAGGUAAUCGCAACCUUUGUUGACGACAUCUGAGGUUGUUGUUACCUUUGUUGAAUACAUCUGAGGUUGUUGUUACCUUUGUUGACGACAUCUGAGGUGAUCGCAACCUUUGUUGACGACAUCUGAGGUUGUUGUUACCUUUGUUGACGACAUCUGAGGUGAUCGCAACCUUUGUUGACGACAUCUGAGGUUGUUGUUACCUUUGUUGACGACGACAUCUGAGGUGAUCGCAACCUUUGUUGACGACAUCUGAGGUUGUUGUUACCUUUGUUGACGACAUCUGAGGUGAUCGCAACCUUUGUUGACGACAUCUGAGGUUGUUGUUACCUUUGUUGACGACAUCUGAGGUGAUCGCAACCUUUGUUGACGACAUCUGAGGUUGUUGCUACCUUUGUUGACGACAUCUGAGGUGAUCGCAACCUUUGUUGACGACAUCUGAGGUUGUUGCUACCUUUGUUGACAACAUCUGAGGUGAUCGCAACCUUUGUUGACGACAUCUGAGGUGAUCGCAACCUUUGUUGACGACAUCUGAGGUUGUUGCUACCUUUGCUUAAUCACUACUUUCUGGCGUAGUGACACAUUGAUGGCUUAUUCGGGCAUCAUUUGAUAUUUCUGCGAAAUAGCUUCUUUGACCCGAGUGUGUGUGUGUUGGGGGCGGGGUAAUAGUGUCAGAAGUUUUGAGCAGGUAUAGAUAGAGCAGCGUUCUCCUAAUGGUGUUCCGCGGACAAAGUUUCAGCUCAGUUAGAAAGUUGGUCAAAUUUGGGAAGUAAGGUUUGCCCCGCAGAGGUCACUCAAGGGUCAGUGGAGGACACUCUUGACCUGCUAAUCAUGAAGGGUUGUCAUGACAUCGCGGAUGGGUGAGUGCACACAUUUGAAGCUGAAUUGGACAUGAUGACGUUGAGUCAUUAGUUUGGUAAAUGACAUCAAGUACACACACGAAGUCAUUAAUUUGGUAAAUGACAUCAGUACGCACACUGAGUCAUUAGUUUGGUAAAUGACAUCAAGUACACACACGAAGUCAUUAAUUUGGUAACUGACAUCAGUACGCACACUGAGUCAUUAGUUUGGUAAAUGACAUCAAGUACACACACGAAGUCAUUUAUUUGGUAAAUGACAUCACUACGCACACUGAGUCAUUAGUUUGGUAAAUGACAUCAAGUAUACACAGGGAGUCAUUAAUUUAGUAAAUGACAUCAAGUACACACAGGGAGUCAUUUGUUUGGUAAAUGACAUCAAGUAAACACAGGGAGACAUUAGUUUGGUAAAUGACAUCAGUACACUGAGUCAUUUGUUUGGUAAAUGACAUCAGUACACACACUGAGUCAUUAGUUUGGUAAAUGACAUCAGUACACUGAGUCAUUUGUUUGGUAAAUGACUUCAGUACACACACUGAGUCAUUAGUUUGGUAAAUGACAUCAGUACACACACAGAGUCAUUAGUUUGGUAAAUGACACUCAGGUGUGAUGCCUCUGUUGAUAUAAUGAUGAUUGUUAUCAGCCGUUGUUAAAUAGUGGGAGUGUCGAUUGUAAAGUGCAGUUCUAGUCACAUGUCACGCCCAUGCAGCUGUUCUCAAGUGCGUCUGCGGAUGGGAUCUCUGAAAAAAAGGUGUUUUUGGAAGUGAUCUCGCACUGCGUUUAUGAAAGGGAUCUCUGAAUGUGUCUAUGGAAGGGAUCUCUGAAUGUGUCUAUGGAAGGGAUCUCUGAAUGUGUCUAUGGAAUGGAUCUCUGAAUGUGUCUAUGGAAGGGAUCUCUGAAUGUGUAUAUGGAAGGGAUCUCUGAAUGUGUAUAUGGAAGGGAUCUCUGAAUGUGUCUAUGGAAUGGAUCUCUGAAUGUGUCUAUGGAAGGGAUCUCUGAAUGUGUCUAUGGAAGGGAUCUCUGAAUGUGUAUAUGGAAGGGAUCUCUGAAUGUGUCUAUGGAAGGGAUCUCUGAAUGUGUCUAUGGAAGGGAUCUCUGAAUGUGUCUAUGGAAGGGAUCUCUGAAUGUGUCUAUGGAAGGGAUCUCUGAAUGUGUCUAUGGAAGGGAUCUGUCCGGCGAUCAGGGGUUAUAAAGGGUAGGACAACUCGGGAAAUGUUAUUUUAAAAUAGUCGUACAUGAGAGCAAGAGUGGCAAACCCAACAUGGCGAAACAGACAUUGUUUCUUUCAUUCCGGAAGUUAGGGGUGACAUUUCGGGUGGGCAGUACCCGUGGCGUAAGAAGGCUGGGUGAAAGGGGGUGGGAUCGCUCCCGGGGACCGUUUUCAUUUUAUUCUUGGCAUUUUCGGUCUACUGGAGAGUUUUUAAUCGUGGAAUUGACCGACAUAUACCUUUGCCCGGCUUAAAGGGGUGUGGUGUAAGGGCAUGUAUCAGUGUGCAAAUUGGGCAUUGUGGCAUAUAAAUGAAGUCACUCCUGUUGUGGCGUGACCCAGGGUUUCGCAUGGCAGCACACCAGGGCGUCGCAUACUCCCAAGGGAAUGUGUGUGUGUGGCGGGGGGGGGUCUGAAGACCAGGGGGGGGGGUUGUCAUUGAGCAUAGCAAAUUUUAUCAAUCAUUUCUCUAAUUUAUUAGGAGAGUUAUACCAUGACAAUUUAAUAAUUUUUUUAUUGAACUUUAUUUUAGUACACAUUAUUUGUAACCCCCCCCCCCCCCCACCCCAUGCUUAAAAGAAACACUGCUGGCCGGCCACUUGAUCGCAAGUGCACUCUUCACGGGCCGCAUGCUAUUUCUCCUUUCAGAUAAUGUACAGAAAUAUCUAUUUAUACUUACACUUGAGCAACGCACGCAAUUCUCAGAUGAUAUAACGUCUACACACACCACCAUGCACAGACAUUAAAUCCAUAGACUUUUUUGGGGGAUGUAUACAUUCCUAUUUAUAGUAUAGGUAUAUAGUCCUUUAUUGUAAAUAUAUAGGUGCCGGCCUUUGACGGUGGUAGGGUUUGGGGAGGGGGGUGCAUUCAAGAUAUGGUCUGGGGACAGAACUGGGAAGGAGGCUCAGUGAUCCCCUUCCCUGAACAUGUUUGAUGCUUCACAAAAUGUAUGGUUGUCUUUGAGGAACACAUAAAUUUAGUUAACAGGCGCAUAACUCUACAAAAUAGCAUUGUAUAAUUCGUGAAUGUCAACUGUGUGUUUAAGUCAUUAAUGUCAACUGUGUGUUAAAGUCAUUAAUGUCAACUGUGUGUUUAAGUCAUUAAUGUCAACUGUGUGUUUAAGUCAUUAAUGUCAACUGUGUGUUUAUACCGAGCCACAAUAUUGAACGUGCUGGGUCGCGUGUUGGCCACUCCUGCCUUAGAAAUUUGUGGGCCGCGUGUUGGCAACUCCUGCCUUAGAAAUUUGUGGGCCGCGUGUUGGCCACUCCUGCCUUAGAAAUUUGUGGGCCGCGUGUUGGCCACUCCUGCCUUAGAAAUUUGUGGGCCGCGUGUUGGCCACUCCUGCCUUAGAAAUUUGUGGGCCGCGUGUUGGCCACUCCUGCCCUAGAAAUUUGUGGGCCGCGUGUUGGCCACUCCUGCCUUAGAAAUUGUGUGGGCCACGGGUUGCCCACUUGUGCCAUAGAGCUUUGGUGUGGGCCGUGGGUUGGCCACUUGUGCCUCAGAGGUUUUGUGCGGGCCGCGGGUUGGCCACCCCUGCCUUAGAGAUUUUGUGGUUGCUUCACAUUUUUUAACACUUUACCAUGUAGGUCCUGUUGAUAAACUGUUUUAAGGUUGUCGGCCCUGGCGUAUCACAGGUGUGUCGUGAAGGAUCACAGGUGUGUUCUGGCGUAUCACAGGUGUGUCCUGGCGUAUCACAUGUGUGUCCUGUCGUAUCACAGGUGUGUCCUGGCAUAUCACGGGUGUGUUGGGGAGGAUCACAGGUGUGUCCUGGCGUAUCACAGGUGUUUUGUGAAGGAUCACAGGUGUUUUGUGAAGGAUCACAGGUGUGUCCUGGCGUAUCACUGGUGUGUUGUGGAGGAUCACAGGUGUGUCCUGGCGUAUCACAGGUGUAUCGUGAAGGAUCACAGGUGUGUCCUCGUGUAUCACAUAUGUGGUGUGGAGGAACGCAUGUGUGUAGUGUGUGAUAACACGGAGUAUUUGACCAAGAAAGUGCUACCUGCUACUGUGUUCCAUCUGCUUUGAUCCAUAUACUGUGAUCCAUUUGCUGUGAUCCAUAUAAUGUGAUCUAUCUUCUGUGACCUUUAUACUGUGAUCCAUACACUGUGAUCCAAAUACCGGUACUGGGAUCCAUCUCAUGUUAUCCAUCUGCUGUGUUCCAUCUACUGUGAUCCAUCUGCUGUGAUCAAUCUACUUUGAUCCAUCUUCUGUGAUCCAUAUACUGUGAUCCAUAGACUGUGAUCCAUCUGCUGUGUUCCAUCUGCUGAGAUCCAUCUGCUGAGAUCCAUCUGCUGUGUUCCAUCUACUGUGAUCCAUCUGCUGAGAUCCAUCUGCUGUGAGCCAUAUAAUGUGUUCCAUAUACUGAGAUCCAUUUGCUAUGAUCCAUAUACUGUGAUCCAUCUGUUGUGAUCCAUCUUAUGUUAUCCAUAUGCUGUGUUCCAUCUACUGUGACCCAUAUACUGUGAUCCAUAUACUGUAAUCCAUUUACUGUGAUCCAUCUACUGUGUUCCAUCUACUGUAAUACUGUCAACAUUAUAUGAAUAGACACAAAUAACGGUGUCUCAGACUUGGCUGUUCAGUUCUGAUCUGAUCUGAUCUGGUCUGCAACAAUUUGAUGAUUUGAUAAUAUUUAACCAAAAAACAAAAAAUAUAAAAGUCAUCAGUAGAGUGGUUGAAAAACUUGAUGUUACCACACCCCAUAUUUUUAUCACACCCCAUAUUGUUAUCACACCCCAUUUUGUUACCACGCCCCAUAUUGUUAUCACACCCCAUAUUGUUAUCACACCCCAUAUUGUUAUCACACCCCAUAUUGUUAUCACACCCCAUUUUGUUACCACGCCCCAUAUUGUUAUCACACCCCAUAUUGUUAUCACACCCCAUAUUGUUAUCACACCCCAUAUUGUUAUCACACAACCAUAUUGUUAUCACACCCCAUAUUGUUAUCACACCCCAUAUUGUUAUUACACCCCAUAUUAUUAUCACACCCCAUAUUGUUAUCACACCCCAUAUUGUUAUCACACAACCAUAUUGUUAUCACACAACCAUAUUGUUAUCACACAACCAUAUUGUUAUCACACCUCAUAUUGUUAUCACACCCCAUAUUGUUAUCACACCCCAUAUUGUUAUCACACCCCAUAUUGUUAUCACACCCCAUAUUGUUAUCACACCCCAUAUUGUUAUCACACAACCAUAUUGUUAUCACACAACCAUGUUGUUAUCACACAACCAUAUUGUUAUCACACCCCUUAUUGUUACCACACACCAUAUUGUUACCACACACCAUAUUGUUAUCACACCCCAUAUUAUUACCACACACCAUAUUAUUACCACACACCUUAUUGUUAUCAAACCCCAUAUUGUUAUCAAACCCCAUAUUGUUAUCACACCCCAUAUUGUUAUCACACAACCAUAUUGUUACCACACACCAUAUUGUUACCACACACCAUAUUGUUACCACACACCAUAUUGUUAUCACACCCCAUAUUGUUAUCACACAACCAUAUUGUUACCACACACCAUAUUGUUACCACACACCAUAUUACCACACACCAUAUUGUACCACACCCCAUAUUGUUACCACACCCAUAUUGUUAUCACACCCCAUAUUGUUAUCACACCCCAUAUUGUUAUCACACAACCAUAUUGUUAUCACACCCCAUAUUGUUAUCACACCCCUUAUUGUACCACACACCAUAUUGUUAUCACACCCCAUAUUAUUACCACACACCAUAUUACCACACACCAUAUUGUUACCACACCCCAUAUUGUUAUCACACCCCAUAUUGUUAUCACACAACCAUAUUGUUAUCACACCCCAUAUUGUUACCACACACCAUAUUGUUAUCACACCCCGUAUUGUUAUCACACCCCAUAUUAUUACCACACACCAUAUUGUUACCCCACACCAUAUUGUUACCACACCCGAUAUUGUUAUUACACACCAAAUUGUUAUCACAUACCAUAUUGUUAUCACACACCAAUUUUUAAAUAUAUUGAUACAUAAAUAUGGCUGGUUCUAUUUUCAAAUUGGCACCCCCUUUUCAUAAUUAAUAUAUAGCCACAUAGAAAGAUAAACUAUGACCCACCCCACCCCUCUUUUUUGUCGCACUCACUCACUGUAUCUGUCCCUCCCAUUCCCUGCCUCUCCCUGCCCCCCCUCCUAUCCCAUUAGGAAACCAUGGGUCUAGUGUUUUCAAAUGCAGGCUUGUCUCCGUAGCCUUGCUAAUAAAGCAAUAAAUUAUUAUCAACUUUGCUUAUGUAAUGGACACGUCAUUUGUGCUGACCUGGACUCUUGCCACUUGAAAACACUCUUAAAAGUGGAAGGAAGCUCUUCCUAAAGCAGUGGGCAAUCCUUGCCACAGCGAAUUUAAGCUCGUUGAACUUUCAAGUCGCCAAUCCUUGCCACAGCGAAUUUAAGCUCGUUGAACUUUCAAGUCGCCAAUCCUUGCCACAGCGAAUUUAAGCUCGUUGAACUUUCAAGUCGCCAAUCCUUGCCACAGCGAAUUUAAGCUCGUUGAACUUUCAAGUCGCCAAUCCUUGCCACAGCGAAUUUAAGCUCGUUGAACUUUCAAGUCGCCAAUCCUUGCCACAGCGAAUUUAAGCUCGUUGAACUUUCAAGUCGCCAAUCCUUGCCACAGCGAAUUUAAGCUCGUUGAACUUUCAAGUCGCCAAUCCUUGCCACAGCGAAUUUAAGCUCGUUGAACUUUCAAGUCGCCAAUCCUUGCCACAGCGAAUUUAAGCUCGUUGAACUUUCAAGUCGCCAAUCCUUGCCACAGCGAAUUUAAGCUCGUUGAACUUUCAAGUCGCCAAUCCUUGCCACAGCGAAUUUAAGCUCGUUGAACUUUCAAGUCGCCAAUCCUUGCCACAGCGAAUUUAAGCUCGUUGAACUUUCAAGUCGCCAAUCCUUGNGGGGGGGGGGGGGGGGGGGGGUUGUUGUCCUGAGAGCUAAGUCAAAACCUGCCAUCUUCCAUUUGAGAAACUCUGUAAUAGCGCCAAGCUUAUAGGGUGAAGAGUUAGGUGAAAGGUCAGAGGUCGGUAAAGUGUGGUACAGUACUGAGCCAUUUAGAUAUACUUACACCUACGAUAUUAUUCUUGUUAGGUUUUCAUCAACUUAACUCUUCUUAAUAUCCACUAGCUAACUGUUACAUAAAUCAGUUCUAGAGAUAUUCAUGCAAUUCGAAUUCAUCGAGGAUACUGAAAGGAACAUUCAAAUUAUUUAACUUUUAUGCAGCCAGUGUUUAUGUGUUGUUGUAGUUCGUCCAUUGCUUUCCAAGAUGACCGAGGCUAUAUUCCACGAUGAGUAAGCAUUAGGCCUGCCUGUCCUAUUUGUGCCCGCAAAGCUUUCCCGCACACGGGACACACGUUGAUUUGGGUCCUAGUUGGAUUUGAGUGGAUUCUGCUUUUCCUUACCGCGCUUUUUCUUUGGGCUUCUUUUUGGGGUUAAGCUGUGCUCAGGAUUGUGCUCCAGCAGCGAGUCUGUCACUCCAGAUUGUGUGCUCCAGCAGUGAGUCUGUCACUCCAGAUUGUGUGCUCCAGCAGCGAGUCUGUCACUCCAGAUUGUGUGCUCCAGCAGUGAGUCUGUCACUCCAGAUUGUGUGCUCCAGCAGUGAGUCUGUCACCACAGAUUAUGUGCUCCAAAAGUGAGUCUGUCACUCCAGAUUGUGUGGUCCAGCAGUGAGUCUGUCACUCCAGAUUGUGUGCUCCAAAAGUGAGUCUGUCACCACAGAUUGUGUGCUCCAACAGUGAGUCUGUCAUUCCAGAUUGUGUGCUCCAGCAGCGAGUGUACCACUCCGGAUUAUGUGCUCCAGCAGCGAGUCUACAACUCCAGAUUGAGUGCUCCAAAAGUGAGUCUGUCACUCCAGAUUGUGUGCUCUAACAGUGAGUUUGUCACUCCAGAUUGUGUGCUCCAACAGUGAGUCUGUCACUCCAGAUUGUGUGCUCCAGCAGUGAGUCUGUCACUCCAGAUUGUGUGCUCCAGCAGUGAGUCUGUCACCACAGAUUGUGUGCUCCAAAAGUGAGUCUGUCACUCCAGAUUGUGUGCUCCAGCAGUGAGUCUACCACUCCAGAUUGUGUGGUCCAGCAGUGAGUCUGUCACUCCAGAUUGUGGUCCAGCAGUGAGUCUGUCACUCCAGAUUGUGUGCUCCAACAGUGAGUCUGACCACUCCAGAUUGUGUGGUCCAGCAGUGAGUCUGCCACUCCAGAUUGUGUGGUCCAGCAGUGAGUCUGUCACUCCAGAUUGUGUGCUCCAACAGUGAGUCUGUCACCACAGAUUGUGUGCUCCAACAGUGAGUCUGUCACUCAGAUUGUGUGCUCCAACAGUGAGUCUGCCACUCCAGAUUGCGCGGUCCAUAGCAAGCAACUCCCACGAAUCAAGGUCAAUGUUCAUAGAUUUUAGUGAAGCUUUCAGACAGUCUUUGAAGCGUCUUUUCUGCCCACCAGCUAAGUGUUUCCCACUGGAGAGUUCACCGAUUAUUAGUAGUUUUAGGAAGUCUGAUGUCUGACAUUCUUGCACCAUGCCCUGUCCACCUUUCUUUACCUUUUUGUCGAAGUGUGUGGAUGCUGAUAAAACCAGUCCAUUGUAAGACCUCUGUAUCAAGGACCUAGUCCUGGCGUCCCAUUGUAGGACCUAUGUAUCAUGGACCUUGUCCUGCCACCUUAUACCAAGAUGUUUACGUAGGCGGCGUAGUUGGAGAUCUUUUAGCUGCCUAUCAUGUAAUCUGUACUCUGCCAACCUCUCAAUUGCAUAUAUGAUAUAUGUUAAUACAGUUGCCAUAUAUACUGUCAGCUUAAUGACAAGACUGAAAUCCCCUUUGCUACUAAACACUCUUGCGGAGCCUUUCAAAAGCAACGCUUGCUUUGAAAAUUCGGUUGUUGAUCUGGAGCGGAUGCUGGCCGAAUUUCUGAAAUUUUCCACUGCUUGGAUAUUCUGUUCCUUCACUGAUAUUUUUUAAGCUCUUUCCCUGGAGCUGGCUGGAGUAAAGCCCCUGUUUCGUAUUAAUUGCGAGGCUUUCGCUGUCGCAGGCUUUAGCAAAGCGAUCAAGUAAUUAUUGGAUUUUUAAGUUCCAAACUGUGCGUUAAGGGCACAGUCCUCAACAAAUAAGAGGUCUUGAAUAACCGUUUCUUUAACUUGCGCAAUGGCUUGCAGUCUCCUAAGAUUAAAUAGACCUCCGUCUGUUCUGUAUCUUAUAGGAAAGUCGUCAUUAUUUAUAUUGUCAAGGAAAGCAUCAAUGAGCAUUGCUGAGAAUACCAUGCUAACUAGUGUUGGGGCUAGAACACAGCCUUGUUUUACGCCUUUAGUUACAAUGCUAAUGUAACAUGAUCAUCACAUAUGGUUGAAGGCUUCACAGUUGAAGUGGCAACACAUUAUACUCAAAAAGGUAUUUUGUUAACCUCUUCUGCCUGCCAAAAUGAAUGAGCACGGUCUGACAGGACUUUUUUGACAGGACUUCUAGUCUAUUACUUUAAAGCACUUGUCUAUAUAAUUAAUUUUUUUUUAUUUCUCCCAAUUUCAGCUUUAAAUAGCCUAAAAUGACCAAAACUUGAAAGCAAUGUUUUCUUUUGUUAACUUGUUUUGGGUUUGUCUAGUUUUUCAUGUUGAUUGCAUUUGAACAUGCGCUAUUGUAGUUUUGUUAUUGUGUUGCACAUCCAGCAAGAAUUUUUAUAUUUACCUACUUAAACCAUGUGUCUAAGGUUAAAUAUCGCCACAAGAUAAAGAAACUCUUAUUUUUCAAUAACGGUUGAUCAUUUGGUUCCAUAAACAAAAUAAGAGUUCUUUGUUAAUCAUAAUAUUUAAACAUAUUUUUUUUUCUUUUUAAUGUUAGGUAUAUGACAUUUUUUAAGAUGUCUCUUUUAAAUCAAUUAUUAAUGAACUUAAACACAGGUUAAUUUAUUCUCAUCAAAGUGUCUAAAGUGAGACCAGUUUAACAGGAAUCGUGUUCAGCUUUCUAGGUGGGUAAAGACUAAUAGAAGAUUAGUGACAUCGGCGUCAUCAAGGUCUCUAACAAAUCUCGAGUUCUCACUGUUGGUCUAUAACGGUGAAAAUUAAAAUGAAUUAUUUAAUCUCUUUUAGACAUUUUAAAAAGUCAAUCUUAGAAUCUUAGAUGCCUACUUUGGAACAUUGGAAUUGACAUAGUUUAUUUUCAUCGAAUGGUGCCCAUUGAGUGUCAUCGAAUGGUGCCCAUUGACUGUCAUCGAAUGGUGCCCAUUGACUGUCAUCGAAUGGUGCCCAUUGACUGUCAUUGAAUGGUGCCCAUUGAGUGCUGCUUUGUAGAGUAAGAAAGGAAAAGAAAAUUGCAAUUUCUGUAGCUUACUUGUGUAUAGCAGCAGCUUUGUUGGCUCACUCUGCCUUUGUACAGCUCACUCUGCCUUUGUACAGCUCACUCUGCCUUUAGACAGCUCAGUCUGCCUUUAGACAGCUCACUCUGCCUUUAGACAGCUCACUCUGCCUUUGUACAGCUCACUCUGUCCUCUAACUAAACUGCCUCUCAACUUAAAUCACUCUGAGCUUUGUGCGGCAUUUCAAAACAGUGCCAUAGAGCUUAUGGACUUCAGGAGUGCAAGUUGAUUGCUUGGCAUGAGUGCAUCCUUUGCUCACAGCGGGGAAAUAGAAGCAUUGGACAGAAAUCUUCAUGACAGCAGAGUAAUAAAUACCUUAUGGGUGGGAUUACUAUACUACUGGCCGGUGACCUGUUUACCUUUGUCAUAGGAGGAAAGGAGGUCAUUGGUGGUGAUGAUUUAAUUGAAUUUCUGUUGAGAAUUCAGAGCGGAAACUGUGGUUUACGUUGGUCAAGAUGUUGUAGUGUUCAAGGUAGUUCAUGAUGUGGCGACAGAUGAUGUGUUAUAGAAUUUUGCAUGGUACGGAGGUCAGGGAUAUUGGGCGGUAGUUUGAUGUGUCCAUGUCAAGUGUCAUGUGUCCCUUGCAGUGUGACCACUCCAUGUUAGUCACAUUUUCAUGGCAGUGUAUAUGCACAAACGAUGAUGAAGAAACAAAGUGACUGACAAACAAGGUAGCUAGAAGAUGACAUAGAAUUAUGGAGAUGUUAGAGAAAUUAAAAUUUUAUAAUAGGAUUGCUUGAUCUGUCAUUUAGCUUAUAGUGUAAGUAGUCAUGAUUUUAAAUGUUUGCACCUUUUAUUAUUUUUUUUUUAGCAAUCCCAGGGAAAAGGAGUUACUUCGAGAUGAAGGAGUUUAGGGGUACUGCCCUACCUGUCUUGUGUUUCAUCUUGCUAGUGAUGCAUUGGUCUCACUGUACAUCUGGUAGGUAUAUACAACAAUAUUAGUUGGUCUCAUUGUGUAUCUGGUAGGUAUAUACAACAAUAUUAGAUGGUCUCACUGUGUACAUACAAGAAUAUUAGUUGGACUUAGUGUACAUCUGGUAGGUAUGAUAUAACAAUAUUAGUUGGUCUCACUGUACAUCUGGUAGGUAGGCUACAACAAUAUUAGUUGGUCUCACUGUGCAUCUGGUAGGUAUAUACAACAAUAUUAGUUGGUCUCACUGUAAAUCUGGUAGGUAUAUACAAAAAUAUUAGUUGGUCUCACUAUACAUCUGGUAGGUAUAUACAACAAUAUUAGUUGGUCUCACUAUACAUCUGGUAGGUAUAUACAACAAUAUUAGUUGGUCUCACUUUACAUCUGGUAGGUAUAUACAACAAUAUUAGUUGGUUUUAUUGUACUUCUGCAGUUUGGAUUUUUAGAUGGUAUUUUAGUUAACUUGUGACACACAUACACCAAUGUAAUAAUAAUGUGCCAGACUUGUUUAGUGAUGGGACAAGAAAAAUUCAUUAUUGUUACUUUAUAGUAAGACAGCCUUGUUUGAAACAAGACUCACUGGGGAUAGUUGCAUUAUAGUAAGACAGUCAUAUUUCAAUAAUAUUUUAUUGAUAAAUUCCCAACUAAAUUUCUUUUAACUCUUCUAUCUUAUUUGCCAGUGGAUCCUCUGCCGGAGAAGUGCCGAUCUGAUAUCAAAUCUAGACCCUCUGAUGUUAAAAUAUGGACAUUUUGUACAAACACCACAAGAGAAUGGUCAUUUGAUUCUAAGGAAAAUCUGUGUGCCAAUGACAAUGAUAUUAUUUAUAUAAAAGACUUUCAACUAUAUCAAGAUGACAGCACUUGCCCUAAACCUAUCAAUAUUUUUGGUCCACCUUUACCCAGUUACAAUGCUACAUGCUUGCAGGAAGAAAAUAAAGUACUAGCAAAAAAUAUAGCUGAAAGCAUCAUUCAAUCUUUUAGUGGGAAAAAAAUGUCAGAAGUUAAAGAAAUAAAAGUUAUUCAAAGUGAGAAUACAAUGCUACAUGCUUGCAGGAAGAAAAUAAAGUACUAGCAAAAAAUAUAGCUGAAAGCAUCAUUCAAUCUUUUAGUGGGAAAAAAAUGUCAGAAGUUAAAGAAAUAAAAGUUAUUCAAAGUGAGAUUCAACAUUUGACAAGAUCAACUUAUCGUCUGGCGGUGGAUUAUGGCUGUCAUGACAGUAAGUCAAUUCUUGAUACUCAUUUUCUUUGACCUUGUAUUGUGUCUAACAAUACAGGUAGGGCAUAACAUAUAUUUGGCAUUGUAUUGUAUUGCUUCUAAGAAUACAGGUAGAGCAUUAUAUAUAUUUGAUAUUGUAUUGUAUUGGUCCUAAGAAUACAGGUAGAAAAUAACAUAUAUGUCUUUUCCUUCAUCUAUUAAGUAUUAAGAAGUGUUAAAAAAAUGAGAUCAAAUACAAUCCAAAGGAAAGAUAAACUCACGUUCUUGUAACUGGAGCAUUUGCUGGUCUGAGUAGGUCAUCUAUUACAGAAAAUGGCAAUUGGAACCUGUGCUUGCCUAAGUAGGUCAUAAUGAGAUCAAAUACAAUCCAAAGGAAAGAUAAACUCACGUUCUUGUAACUGGAGCAUUUGCUGGUCUGAGUAGGUCAUCUAUUACAGAAAAUGGCAAUUGGAACCUGUGCUUGCCUAAGUAGGUCAUCCCUUACAGAACAUGCCAAUUGGAACCUGUUCUGGCCUAAGUAGGUCAUGCAGUACCAAACAUGCCAAAUAGAAGAAGAAGUGUCCAUUUGUAUUAAAUGUCAAUAUAUGUGUGGGCUCAAUCGCAAGUUUUAUCCAAUAAUACAUCAGUUAUAGUUAAACUUGUAUGUGAGAGUGUCAUUGUAUGUAUGCGUGAGUGUAGUGAUGGUUGAUCACUUGAGACGCAAAGGAGUACUGAAAGAGAACCCUUAAUUCCUCAAAGGAGCAUGAUCUAUAUUCUAUCCGUCGGUAUAGUGUAUUAUCAAUGAUAUAUAGAACAGCCUGUAACAAAGAAAGCGGUUUAUAGCAGUCAGGAACUUAGAGAAAUAUGGACUCAGAGAGUUCAAGCACAAAGAACAAACCAAUAAAACUCUAAUCAAAAUAAAGAUAAGGACAAAUAAUAAUACGAAAAGAAUCAGAGCACAGUAAAAAAAAAACUUUAGAGAUCUCCUUUGUUGUUGCGGAAGUAGGAUUACAAGAAGUGAAAGAAUAUAAAUAUUGGUACUGUAAAAAAUGAGGUCCAGAAUCUUUACAGACCAAAAUAUUUAGUAUUUUUAUUUGUCCUGUUCGCUGAAGAAAGGCACUAAGCCGAAACGUUCACAUCUUAUUGACCUGUCUUUCGAUUCAAGCUUCAACAUACCUUGUGCUGCUAUUUCAUUAACACAGCUUGAACGCAGUCCAUCAUUUAUAAUCUAAUAUUGAACUGUAAUUGGCCCAAGCUAAACUCAACUAAAAAUGAACUAAACUGGCUAGAAAUAAGAAAUAUAAAACAUUAAUAAAACAUCAGAAUCACAUCAAUAUGACAUCACUUAUUAUAAUGCUAAUUAACACGCUGUCGACAUGGAUUGUUUUUAUAUAACACUUAUUUAUUUAACAAAUGAGAGUGAACAAACCUGGCUAAUUAUGGGGCAAAAAACUUUGGAACACAAUAUUGCUAGCCAGGCUCUCUGUAUCAGACCUGUUUACUCUUACGAUUUGGGCGUACAAUGUACGAUUUUGAGGUGUAUACAUUAUACUGUAUGUUUAUUUUUUACUAUUAAGUUAAUUAAGAUUAAUGUAUUGAACAAUUUUAUACAUAAAUUUUAAUAUUCAAAAAUAGGAUUGUUGACUGGAGAAACUUAAAUGAUAGGUUUUAGGAAGAAAUCACUAGGAAAUUGGUGAGGAACCAUAGUAACUGAUAGUAAAUUUUCAAAACAUUUAUAGAGAACUGAAAUAUUCAAGUACAAAAUAAUUUUAAUGAUAGAUUUUUCUAUAUUAUUUUAAUUAUUAGUAAUUAUUUAUUAUUUAAGUUUAGUGAGAUGCUUGUGCUUGAUGCUUGAUUCAAAUAGAUUUUAUUUUAGCUUUCAAUUUAAUUAGCUUCAGUUGUGUUAUGUCCAGCUGCAUUCAUUGUUUUUUGUUUUUUUUUUCCCCGCAACAAAUCAUUUAUGGCACUAAAUCCACAUUCAGCUAAAUUAUGAAGAUGGAAACGGUAACAAUAGAUUUUUUUCACAUUUGGUUUGCAUUUGAAUUUGGAUAUUUGAUUUCUGUUUCCUCAUAAAGCUAGUCAUCCCUCCUUUUAAUUGAAAUAAAGUUUUAACUGACUUAUCAUUUUGCUUUUCUCUUGAGACUGCAUAUUUGAAGAAGAAAAAAAUUUGGCUGCAUCAUCAAAAUUGGAAAAGCAGUUUGUUUCAAAGCAGAAAAUCUUUCUUUUAAAUCAACCGAUAGAAUUCUCAGAUGAUCGACAAUACCAAGUAUUGCGGUAUCAGUCCUUUCACAUUUUUGGAGCCAAUGACAGUUUUCAAAAUUUUUAUUGUAAAUAUUUUUCUGACUUAAUUCACUAAAGGUAAUGCAACCAAUGCCCAGUCAAGCAAAAACAUCAUCAGCACCCCGGGUGGAUGGGACUCGUUAACCUUGGAUGGCAACUCAUCUGAGAUAAGGAAACUCUGAAAUCAAACCCGGAGAUGGAGUCUCGGAAGGCGGAUAACAUUGAUACAAUGAAACAUUCCGACAACUCCUGCGACGUCACUGGUGCCAAGCUGUAGCAGCUAAUGAUGUUCCCUUGAGUUAUCCAGCGGCGUGGAGAGAGGCGAUUGGCUGUUGGGAACCAGCCUAUAAUCCUUGAAGAAUAAUCCCAGUCCUUGUGGAUUUCGACUACCGAAGCCCACACCAUCGUCACAUUGUGACGGACGGAUGCAAGCAAAAAAAAAAAAUGCAACCAAAUAUCUUCGCUUUUCAUCGACAAGAGUUUUAUAUUUUCCAUGAAGUUGGUUAUUUAAUAUAUUUAUUUUUUUAAAGAUAUCGGCUAAAUAACUCACAAAUGUUUUUACCAUCGACCUUUAACAGAUACUUUAUUUAUAUCAGUUUUAUCACUUUAAAAAAAUCGCAAGAGGAUCAAAUAAUUCCAUAAAUCUUUUCAAGCAGUUCCAUUUUGAAAGCCAUCUUACUUCAGUGUGAGGCAAAAGUCUCACAUAGUCUGCAUUUUGUUCUUUACAAAACAGCUUGAAGAAACGUUCACAUUUGACAUUAGCUUUAACAGCAUUGACACACUUUACACUGAAUUUAGUGCUUCAUUUAGAACAGGCCAAAUUUUUUUAGCUAUAAAUUUUUCCCUAUGAAUAACACAAUGCACAAUAAGCAUUUCUGGACUCUCAUCUUUAAUCAAUUUUAAGCAGCCAUUUUAUUUUUCUAGCCCAUUACAUAAGGAGCACCAACUGCAGCACAAGAUAUUAUAUUUUUCAUUGGUAUAUUAUUGACAUCUAAGUAUAUUUUAGUUUAUUUAGCUUAUUUUUAGCGUAACUAGCCUCAAGACUACAAUUGACAGUUGCAGUGAGCAGUAAAUAGAUACUUUGAUGUUGCUAUUUUUUCAAAAUGCAAGAUAAAUCAUGGUAGACGGUUGGUUUUCAAAUUCUAGACAGCCCAUUUUCCAAUUGCCCCACUGUUACGCACUGGCUUCUAUUGUGAGAAAUUAAUCUCCUAUUUUAAAUUUAUGGCACGUUCAAACAGUGUCUAACAAAGGACGAUACCAUAGAGAAAUACAAUAACAAAAAUAUGACACCCAAAACAUAACCAAUUACAAUUAAUAAGAUUUAAUUUAGUAAUAAUACUAUUACAAAACAAAAUAAAUAUAAUUACAAAUCAUCAACUUACAGAGUAUCUGAAAAUCUGGUAGAUCUUGUACCGGUACACAGAGAAUACAAUGUGCCAAUUAAUAAUGUACAAUGACAAAAGCAAAUAAACACAUAAGUACACAAAGAAUAAUACACCUCUCGUGAAGUUAAAAUAUAUCUAUCUGAAUCUCUGUCUCUCUCCGUACCUGUAAAUCCUUUAUAUAUGUGUGUCUACCGACACGUUUAGAAAUGCCCUUACUUUUCUAAUACAAUCGAGAAUGUUCCAUAAGAUACUAGUAGACAUACUAACCAUGUUUAAUUGGAAGUGGGUAGUAAACACGAUACUUCAAAGACUAAGCACAAAGGCUACCGUCUGCUAGGGAUCUAAUGUGGGGUGAAACAAAGUUCAAGAAAAAAAGUGUACUAUAGAAUGCCCACUAAACAAUCAAAUUGUCACCCUGUGGGGCCCACACCCUCAUGGGCCCACGUUUACGUUUGGAAACACCGAGCUACUUUGUCUCUCUGUACAAACAUAGCUAGCCUGUCUCUCUGUACAAACAUAGCGAUCAGUCCUCUCUGUACAAACAUAGCUAGCCUGUCUCUCUGUACAAACAUAGCUGGCCUGUCUCUCUGUACAAACAUAGCUGGCCUGUCUCUCUGUACAAACAUAGCUAGCCUGUCUCUCUGUACAAACAUAGCUAGCCUGUCUCUCUGUACAAACAUAGCUGGCCUGUCUCUCUGUACAAACAUAGCUAGCCUGUCUCUCUGUACAAACAUAGCUGGCCUGUCUCUCUGUACAAACAUAGCUAGCUUGUCUCUGUACAGGCUUUACAACUAAAAUAAGAUGCGAAGGAGCUCUGUCCCACUGCCUUUUAUUGGUAGAGGCUUCCCCAUCUGGCCUUUUGUUCACCUUUGGUCAAGGUUCCUGCAUAUUUUAAGUGGGGAUAUCAAUGGAGAGAGAGUGAAAGCCAGCGGGUCUCAACAAGUAAGAAAUGCUGUAUCUAAACACUGACACCCUUAAAUUUUUUACACUGCUGAGUCUUCCUCCACUGAUCUUCCCAUUUUAUCUAAACUAUUGUCUCACAGCUGUCCACUGGUAUGUGGCACUGACUAGUUUAAUGUUGGUGGCUCUAAAGUUGAACAAAUUACUAUUUAAAAGGAAAAAAAUAGAGUGUAAUCAACAAUCCUGCAGCAUGCUAUUUGGAUUUCCAUUUCAAAUACUUCUGGAGAAAAACAUUAAAUGCCCAGAAAUUAUUGUAAAUCUUUUCAAAUUUGACCAGACUUUGAUCAGUCUUCGCCAUUUACUAUUUCAUAAGUACACAUAAUAUUUUUUUUUAAAAAUCAAUUUUUUGUUCAUCUUUUCAUUGUCAGCAAAAGACACAAAAAUAAAAUAGCACUAGUGGAAUAUUACUGCUGCCCCGUUCUCCUGUGAGCUGUGUUGCUGGGACAUGUAGGAUCUACUUCUGAUAAAGUAGUCGGGUGUUUUGCAAGCCAUGGGGCUCUUUGAAGGAAUGAAUAUAUUCCGCUCAAUAAAAAAAAAUCCUAAUAUCAUGGGGUUCCCAAAUAUUUUCUUAGUAAAUAUAAUUAAUAAAAAUUGCUCUUUGCUAAAAAAACUAAAGUUUACAGACCACUGUCCUGUUCAAUCAAAUGUUUCAUUGGUGGUGAUAAAAACAUUUCUUUAAAUUUGAUCUAAACACUUGGCACCUGAUCUCACCAGAGUGACAUCCAUCUGACCAACGCGUCCUCCGAGGUAAAAGUAAUCAUCUCGAUCCUUUGAAUGAAUGCACUUAAUUUUAAGUCUUGGCAACAAUUUAAAUACACACAAAUAAUGUAUCACAGUGAUUUUGCCAGUAAUGUAAUCCUCUUGUAAAAUUAGAGAAACAUUUGAUGAAACUUGCUAGUGGAGCAUGGAAAUAUCCAAACAAAAUUAUUUGAAGAGAUGGUUACCUAAUAUUGAGCUAUUUUGAGAUGGUGAGUAAGGAUUCGUGAUGGCAUGAUUUCUAAUUUGAUGCUAAUUUUACUAAGCCCAAUAAAAAAAAGUCCAGUAUUAUCUUAUCAAAAUCUAAAUUUCCUUCUAACAAAUUAAGAAAAUGCUUUUUUAGGCGGAUGAGCUGGUUAAUAACUCACAAAAAAGGACAUUGCUCUUAUUAAUUGGAAAAUGAGCUGUUCAAACUGAUUUAUUGUUUUAUUGAAACUGAGAUACCUAUUGCCCUAAUAUUUAAACUUAAAGGUAAGGUUUUUUACAAUUUGCAUGAGCAGCCGCUAACAAAAAUUUGUCCGGAAUGGAGCUUGUCCCAACACCCCCCCCCCCACAAAAAAAAAAAAAAAGAAGGCCCCACAAGCCUGAUUUCAAGAGUACAUUUUUGUAACUUUUUUAGAUGGAGGCGUUUAUAAUUAAGUAUUAUUACUCAUAAACGUUAGCUCAUAAUUGUUCUUCACUUGCUAACACUGCCAUCAUAUUCAACUGCCCAACGAUAGUUUCUCUUUGCUUAGAAGCAACAAGAUCCGAAGAAUGCUACACCGUACUUUAUUAUACACUAAAUGCAUCACAUAAUUCCUUGACAUCAGAACAAUUUUAUAACCAUUAUAGUUGCCAUGCAGAGAAUAUACACACACACACACACACUUUCAAUUCUUUGUCUAAUAUUAAUUCAGUAAACCCAUCAGAAAAAUCCAAUAUGUCUUCCUUCUACUUCUACAUCGACAAUAUUUCAUUCACUCCCGCUCUAUUUAAAAAACAUCAAUUCUCCUUCCGCUACAAAAAAUAUUUUCUUUUUCUCGUCUUAUCAUUCUUCAAUAUCAAAGCACCAUUGUGCCUUGAGAACAAAUAUUAGAGAAAAAUCUGUGUCAUAUGCAUAAGUAACAUUGUCUGUUACAAUUUUAAAUGCAGAAUUACUGCAUUGUUUUUCUUUCUCAAAUUGGACAGAUGAAUUUCAUUGCUGUUCCUUCUUUGUUUCCUUACAGGAGAAAGCCUGGACUUAAACCUUGAUAUCUGUAAUAAAACCACCAAGAUGCAGAUGGCAGAAGUCCACAUUAAUUUAAGGAAAGAGAAUUUUUUACAUCAAAAGAAUAUUUCCGUGUGCUCCUGUUCCAUUUCUUCCACGUCUGAUUUGACCGUCCUUGCCCUUGAUGUCAGACUCAAAGAUUCUAACAGACUCAAACUGUCCCCAGAGAAAGGGUACCAAAUAAAUUUUUGGCUGACAUUCAGAUGUGUUUUCUUUAAAUAAAUGGAUCAGAGGAUUGUAACAAUAGUAAUUUUAAGCUGAGGAAGUAUCUGAACUUCAUGAGUUUAUUUAGCUCUAUGUGUUUGGCCAAAUUAUCAAAUAAAAUAUAAUUGUUUAACCCUGAAAUACUGAAUUGCCAAACAGAUUUUCUGGUUCAAAUGAUGGUGUCAUGUUUCAGAAUCUUAAGGCAAACUGAACUGUAUUGGCUACUAGAUGGCAACCUGAUACCGGAUUCCCAAGAAGUAAAUAUCACAGUGAGUGGUUUGGAGGCUUCAAUUCCUGACAGUCUUUGGCUCAAGGUUACUGGUAAGAUUAGUUUCUCAAGACAACACUGGCUUUUGGAUUUAUAAAACCUAUAAAUUAAAAAAAACCACUAAAUCAGUGGUUUCCUACCCUCACAUGGGAGAGUCUUCUUUCAUCAAAUAUGUACAGUAUAACAGAAUCUAAAAGAUCAUUUAUGGUUAUAUUAUUUUAAAGACAUAUUGUAAUAAUUAGCAUUCUAGUGAAGAAUAUAUUUUGUAACUUUUUACAUCAUAAUUCAAACUCACUUCACUAAAUAUCUGACCAUUUUUGAACUCAAGUGAUUAGUUUGAUGAUUUACACCAGGAACCAGAUACGUCAAUGAAAGAACCUUUAUUUUAUAAAUUCUCAUCUUUUUGUCUUCUGAUAAAACUGUUAAUUGUUUAUUUUUAACUUUGUAUUAUUACAAUAAACACAGCUACAGAGCUAGGUACAAACAUGACCGUCAUUUGUCAACAUUAGUACUAUUCAUCUCUAUUUUCUAGGUACAAAUAUGACCAUCAUAUGUCAAACGGAUUUUCUGAUACAGCAGAAAAUACGGGAUGAUAAAAUAGGUAUUAUUUUCCUUUGUGACUUAUGUAUUCUUAUUUAUUGGGUAUAUUUUUUGUUGUUCACUGAGUGGAUGUGUUGCUGUUCAUUGAGUAGAUGUGUUGCUAUUUAUUGAAUGGAUGUUUUGCUGUUCAUAUAUGGGAUGUGUUGCUGUUCAUUUGCAAUAGAGUAUCUGUUUUACAUUGUAAUAGAAAUGAUCAAGUCUGAUAUUCUGUUUAUUUUAUAAUUCUGUCCCUAGCCAUACUCCUUACCUUGACCCUGACCUGGUUUAAAACACUUUUUAUCAACCCUCCUCCCCCUCUUAACAAAUAGAAAAAAUAAAAUAAUAAUUUUAGGACAACUAUUAUAGUUCUAAACAGUUUGAAAUGACCCCCUUCCACAAAUGUUAGGACAACUAUUAUAGUUCUAAACAGUUUGAAAUGACCCCCUUCCACAAAUGUUAGGACAACUAUUAUAGUUCUAAACAGUUUGAAAUGACCCCCUUCCACAAAUGUUAGGACAACUAUUAUAGUUCUAAACAGUUUGAAAUGACCCCCUUCCACAAAUGUUAGGACAAAUUAAUUUGAUUUAUUUCCAACAUCUGUUUCAUUAAGACAAACUCAUGCAUUCUAUUUUUAGAAAGUUUAAAUAGUUGUUUGACAUAAAAGUAAAAGUAUUUUACAAAUCUUUACAUGCAUAUUACAGUAGUUGUGUUUGCCCUUCUCUCCUAGAUAUGAUGUUAAUUAUCAUCAUUGCUGUUGUAUCAGCUGUUGUCACCAUCAGUGCCAUUAUUUUAAUCUAUUUGCCCUUCUCUCCUAGAUAUGAUGUUAAUUAUCAUCAUUGCUGUUGUAUCAGCUGUUGUCACCAUCAGUGCCAUUAUUUUAAUAUGCUGCAUUUGUAAAUAUAAAAGGUGAGUCAUAUUUUUUUCAUUUUUAUUUAAAUUCCGACUUUUACAUGAGUUUUAUGAUAUCCUCUAAACCAGUGGUUUGCUUUACUAUGGAUCACCUCAAAACUGUUUGGGUACAGCACUUUACAUUCUUUCAUUAAAAGAAGAUAAUAUAUAUUUAAGAUGUUAAAAAAUUUGGAAAUUUGGAGCUUAUUUGAGACUGAACAAGUCAAUUAUAAGAAUGAACAAGUCAAGUAUUAGACUGAACAAGUCAAUUAUAAGAAUGAACAAGUCAAUUAUAAGACUGAACAAGUCAAUUAUAAGACUGAUCAAGUCAAUUAUAAGAAUGAACAAGUCAAUUAUAAGAAUUAAUGUGUUUUGUUAUAUGGGUGGAAAUAAAAUCUGCAAAAUGUUUGAAGAGAGCUUCCUGCCCUAACUUUAGUUGUAACUUAGUAACUUAUAAAUAUUGAGUGGUUAUUUAGGUUAUUAUGGUUGCCAAGCAGUUAAAACACCAAGUGGUACAGUAGUGUGUACCCGGUGUAUAAUUUUCUUAAAUAUCAAAGUACAUGGUAACAAAUUUUAAAUGUGAUCAUGUUACUUGUCUUCAUUGUUAACAAUUUUUUGUAUAAAAUUAAGAUUUUUUAAUUUUUUCUAUAUCAGACAGAAACAAAAUGAGGACAUGUGUAAAAGUCCAACAACUACACCACUAGUCCUGGGGCAAGUCCACAAGGAUCACGAUGAGGUUGUCUAUUCAGAGCCUGGCAAGCCAGUGCCAGCCAGACACUACAGUCCCAAACAAAACUACUUUGAACUGGAGAACACAUAUGAGGAGCCAACUAAUCCCCACAAAAGUUCCAUGAAUGACCAUGAGGUGAGUACACCAGUACCUGAACUGACCAUUAGGUGAGUACACCAGUACCUGAACUGACCAUGAGGUGGGUACACCCCUACCUGAACUGACCAUGAGGUGGGUACACCAGUACCUGAACUGACUAUGAGGUGAGUACACCAGUACCUGAACUGACCAUGAGGUGAGUACACCAAUACCUGAACUGACCAUGAGGUGGGUACACCCGUACCUGAACUGACCAUGAGGUGGGUACACCAGUACCUGAACUGACCAUGAGGUGAGUACACCCGUACCUGAACUGACCAUGAGGUGGGUACACCAGUACCUGAACUGACCAUGAGGUGAGUACACCAGUACCUGAACUGACCAUGAGGUGGGUACACCAAUACCUGAACUGACUAUGAGGUGAGUACACCCAUACCUGAACUGACCAUGAGGUGGGUACACCAGUACCUGAACUGACCAUGAGGUGAGUACACCAGUACCUGAACUGACCAUGAGGUGGGUACACCAGUACCUGAACUGACCAUGAGGUGAGUACACCAAUACCUGAACUGACCAUGAGGUGGGUACACCCCUACCUGAACUGACCAUGAGGUGAGUACACCCCUACCUGAACUGACCAUGAGGUGAGUACACCAAUACCUGAAAUGACCAUGAGGUGAGUACACCCCUACCUGAACUGACUAUGAGGUGAGUACACCCCUACCUGAAAUGACCAUGAGGUGAGUACACCCCUACCUGAACUGACUAUGAGGUGAGUACACCCCUACCUGAACUGACCAUGAGGUGAGUACACCAGUACCUGAACUGACCAUGAGGUGAGUACACCCCUACCUGAACUGACCAUGAGGUGAGUACACCAGUACCUGACCUGACCAUGAGGUGAGUACACCAGUACCUGAACUGACCAUGAGGUGAGUACACCAGUACCUGAACUGACCAUGAGGUGAGUACACCAGUACCUGAUCUGACCAUGAGGUGAGUACAGCCGUACCUGAACUGACCAUGAGGUGAGUACACCCCUACCUGAACUGACCAUGAAGUGAGUACACCCCUACCUGAACUGACCAUGAGGUGAGUACACCCCUAUCUGAACUGACCAUGAGGUGAGUACACCCCUGCCUGAACUGACCAUGAGGUGAGUACACCAGUACCUGUCUAACCAUGAUGUGAGUACACCAGUACCUGAACUGACCAUGAGGUGAGUACACCAGUUCCUGAACUGACCAUGAGGUGAGUACACCAGUUCCUGAACUGACCAUGAGGUGAGUACACCCCUACUUGAACUUAUGACUGAUCGCAAGGUGAUUGCACCUCACUUGAACUUAUAAACAGCUCAUAAGGUGAGUACACCCCAAGAUCAUCACACUCAGCCAUUAAACACAUCUAGACAAGUGAUCAACUGCGACAAUCUGAAUGUGUCCAUUUUUUUUUUUUUUAAAUGAAAACUAAGAGACAAAGUUGUAUACGAGAUGUAUAAUUUAGAAAAUGCAAAACAAAAGACUUCAAAAACCUGUCUCAUUUGCUACAUGGACAAUGACUUGACUGCAAGGAGUCAGGAAGUUUAUUGAAGGAAACAACAGGGGCCUUAAAAUAAUCUUAAAAUUGCAGCUCAUUUUUAAAAAAUAAAUUACUUCCUGUUAUUUCUGUUAUGUAGAACCACGCACACGUUUUAUAGUUUUUUUUUAUUUGAUAAGUUACCAACUGUAAUACAGAUAACGAGAGUCAUUGGGACUGACCGAUAGUUUCAAUGUCAGUCAUUUUACUGACCUAUAGUUUCAAUGUCAGUCAUUGGGACUGAACUAUAGUUUCAAUGUCAGUCAUUAGGAAUGACCUAUAGUUUCAAUGUCAGUCAUUGGGACUGACCUAUAGUUUCAAUGUCAGUAGAAAUGAAAAGGACAGAGCGUAAGCUACUGGUCAACUUGGUUAGUGCAAUCUGAUGUCUGUCAUUGACCAGUCUGAUGUCUGUCAUUGACAAGUCUGAUGUCUGUCAUUGACCAGUCUCAUGUCUGUCAUUGACCAGUCUGAUGUCUGUCAUUGACAAUCUGAUGUCUGUCAUUGACCAGUCUCAUGUCUUUCAUUGACCAGUCUGAUGUCUGUCAUUGACAAUCUGAUGUCUGUCAUUGACAAUCUGAUGUCUGUCAUUGACCAGUCUCAUGUCUGUCAUUGAUAAUCUGAUGUUUGUCAUUGACCAGUCUCAUGUCUGUCAUUGACCAGUCUCAUGUCUGUCAUUGACCAGUCUCAUGUCUGUCAUUGACAAUCUGAUGUCUGUCAUUGACCAGUCUCAUGUCUGUCAUUGAUAAUCUGAUGUUUGUCAUUGACCAGUCUGAUGUCUGUCAUUGACAAUCUGAUGUCUGUCAUUGACCAGUCUCAUGUCUGUCAUUGAUAAUCUGAUGUUUGUCAUUGACCAGUCUCAUGUCUGUCAUUGACCAGUCUCAUGUCUGUCAUUGACCAGUCUCAUGUCUGUCAUUGACCAGUCUCAUGUCUUUCAUUGACCUCUCUUAAAAUGUCUUUUUCUGGUAUACUGUAAGAUGGAACCCAAAAAUGCCAAAACUUUGAAGUUUAAAAAAAUAUAUUUUAUCAGAACUACAUAAAAAUCAAGUCUCAUUUCACUAAACUAUGACUCUCCCUUGGUCUCAUUUCCCUAAACUGAGUCUCCCUUGGUCUGAUUUCCCUAAACUAUGAGUCUCCCUUGCAGUCAUACAAACAUAACAAGCCACCUCCAUCAGCCUUCAUACACGUUUUCUGCAAUGGUUCUCACUCCAGCAGGGUAACUCAGUUCAUCACUGGCCAGAAGAUUCUAUGAAUUCUUUGGAAGCAUAAGUUCUGGACAACUUCUAUCUGCUGUUCAGAUAUGGUCAGGAUAAUAAUGUUUCAAUCUGAUGUGCUCGAUAACUUCUAGCUUCUAUCUGAUGUGCUCGAUAACUUCUAUCUUGUGUUUUGAUGUGCUCGAUAUCUUCUAGCUUCAGUCUGAUAUGCUUGAUAAUUUCUAGCUACAGUUCUGAUGUGCUCAAUAAUUUUCUAGCUUCUGUUCUGAUGUGCUUGAUGCUUCUGUUCUGAUGUGCUUGAUAACUUCUAGCUUCAAUCUGAUUUGAUGAUAACUUGUAGGUUGUGUUCUGAUGUGCUCAUGAUUGUGCAGCCUUCUAGUCCAUAGAAAACAGUCAGAACAGAAUAUUGAUAAAUCAUAAAUGCCUUUUGUGCAGAUGAUCAAGUUUAUGUAGGUCAGCAUUCCAAAUGUAUUCUUUCAUCUUUUACUUCAUCUGGUCUUGUAACUAUAAACAUAUUACACAAUAUGUUUUGUUGUGUUAACUCUUAUUUUUAUUUAUCACAUACAGGCUUCAACUUGAUUUUACCACAUGUGAAAUGACAUUGAAAUUUUAUAAAAAUGUGUUUAAUUUCAAUUUCAGGAUUUCAGUGCUGAAGAUUCAGUGUAUAAUCAUCUGAGAGAGCAACCAGAUUUAUUACCCAGUAACAUCUACAACACAACAGCUAAGAGCGAAUACUCAAGCUUCAAAAGAAAUGCAGCCGGCCGUCAAGUCAUAGACAAUGAUUAUGACAUCUAGCUGCUACAGGGAUCAUUUUCUCACCGGGGCUUUCAACACAAUGGCAAACAGUUUUCAAAUGCAAACAAUUCAUCGGGUUCAUCGGGAAAAUUGAAAAAAAAUUUUUUGAAAAUAAUUAUUUCAAAAACAGUCUUAUUUUUCUAUCUCUACUUGUCUAGUCUAAUGAUUUACUGGUGAAGCCCCAGGGAAACAACACAAGUCUGUUGCAAGAGUUGUUUAUGUUGUGAAGGAACUAUCUCCCUUAUGGUCAACAACAACCUAUCUCCCUUAAACAAGUCACACUGAGAGAACACUCGUUGACCAAGUCAAACUGUGAGAGAACACUCGUUGACCAAGUCACAUUGUGAGAGAACACUCAUUGACUAUGUUGUUACACAAUUUACUUUGAGACUUUUGUUCUACUGAAUGCAAAGUUUCAAUCCAGAUAUACAGGACUGAUGUAUUUGUAAAAUAAACUUGGGUUUAGCAUGAUGAGAACAGUGGGGGCCUGUCAAGUUAUGGAGCUGUACUUGUAAGGAGUGUCAAGUUGAGGAGCUAGACUUGUGGAGACUGUCAAGUUAGGGAGCUACACUUGUAGAGACUGUCAAGUUAUGGAGCUACACUUGUAGAGACUGUCAAGUUAUGGAGCUAGACUUGUAGAGACUGUCAAGUUAUGGAGCUAGACUAGUAGAGACUGUCAAGUUAUGGAGCUAGACUGGUAAAGCGUGUCAAGUUAUAGAGCUAGACUUGUAGAUACUGUCAAGUUAUGGAGCUAGACUUAUAGAGGCUGUCAAGUUAUGGAGCUAGACUUGUAGAGACUUGAUGAAAACCACAUUAAGAUGACAAGGUUUAAAUUAUACAGUACAAUGUGUCAUGGACUUUUAGACUUUCUAAAUUCCUUCACCAUUGUAGUCACUGUGCAGAUUUGUUAGUGUCAAGGUUGACUUCCCUAUUAUCAUUUUAAAAAAAUUGUAACUCCAAAAGUAACAGAAGAUUUGGCUUAAGGAAUAUCAGACCUUUCCAAUAGAAACCUGUCAGUAGUUUUAUUUAGAUAACAUUUAUACUACUCUCUAAAUGAUUAACACAUGGUGGUAUUCAAUUCCUGUAAGUGCCUAAUUUCUACAUAUGUUUGUGUGUAUAUCUAAGAAAGUAAAUUGUAAGUGCCUCAUUUCUACAUAUGUUUGUGUAUAUAAUCUAAGAUAGUGUAUUGUAAGUGCCUCAUUUCUACAUAUGUUUGUGUAUAUAUCUAAGAUAGUAUAUUGUAAGUGCCUCAUUUCUACAUAUGAUUGUGUAAUAUAGAUUAGAAAGCGUAUUGUAUAUUUUAUAAUGUGCCUUCAUUGACAAUUUUCUGCUAGUAAUUUGUUAUUUUUAAAGGAAUAGAGUUUCUGUGAUUCUGAAUUGUUAACAGAGUGGUACAAGUUAUGUGGGUUGAUGGAGUGGUACAAGUUAUAUGGGUUGAUACAGUGGCAAAAGUUAUGUGGGUUGAUACAGUGGCACUAUUUAUGUGCAAGCGCUGUUUUUUUUUUGGUUGGUUUUUUUGUGUGCGUGUGUGUGUUCUUUUGUCUCUUUUGUACCAACCUGAUCUGAUGAGUGCAGAUAUUAAAAUAGAAAUUUUUAUGUUAGCCAAUGAAGAAGCUCUACCUUUAAAAUCAAAUUUCAACACACAUAUUGUAAGUUGUGAAGAUUAGAAUGUUGGAAUACAUAUAUUUGCAGUGCAAUUUAACCAUAUUUACCUUUUUAUUGUCUUAUCAGGCACAUAGAGGGGGGGGGGGGGG